CCCUCGCAGUGAACGGUCGUGAAUCGGAACAUAUAUAAUAUAUUAAAUACAAGUGUUUUUUUCACUUUAACAAACCGGAUAUAUUUGUCGGCCAUGUCGUGAAAUGGAUGGUAUACAGAUGGAACCCAUUGGAAAAUAUAAGACAGACCGCAACGGUUCAGCUAAAGCUGCUGCGUGGCGUAACAUGGUGGACCAGGACCUAGACGACGUCGCCUUCCUAGCGGACACAGACAAGGCGCGAGAGGCGAGGGAGCUGGGGGAUGCUCCGGUGGCCGUGUGUUCUCAGAGGCGAGCUCUCUGUUUAGCGGCCCUCGUCCUGUCCGCUAUGUUUGCGACUGCUCUACUGGUCGUCUAUGCAACGCCGCAACCAGAAUGCCCGUGCGCCGGAGAAGUUGAACUUAUCCCUGGGAUAGUUCCCACCGGCGUCGAAGAGAACUACACAGCGGCGUCCAAGGAAAGGAUAGCUAGUAACGGAAUGGUGUUUCCAUGGCGAGGCGCCAGGUUACCAACCUUCCUGAUACCAAAGCACUAUAACCUGUGGUUACACCCGAAUCUAACCACAGGCGAGCUGAGAGGUGAAGUAUCUAUAGACUUCAAAGUGGACAGAGACACGACAUUUGUGGUCCUCAAUCUUAGAGACAUGAACGUCACCGAGCGCGCUCUGUUUAAGGCCGGAGGUUCUUUGGGGCCCAAGGUUGCGAAAAGCCUUGAUUACCCACCCGCCGAUCAAACCUACAUCGAGUUUAAGGAGAAGUUAAGGCGCAAAUACAACUACACGCUCAGUCUGCGUUUCAUAACUAAACUGGACAGGAGCGAUCGUCAGAGAGGUUUUUUCAUAGCUGGUACACACAGACAGCGUUGCGCUAUAUCCAGGUUUUGGCUGACCCACGCUCGCUCGGCCUUCCCCUGUCUAGACGAACCGCAUCUGAGGGCCACCUUCAAACUAACCAUAGUCAGAGAUCGGUUCCACGUGUCACUGACUAACAUGCCGAUAGUCGCAACCGAGGAGGCUGGUUUUUAUUUAGGACACAGACUGCUACAAGACGAGUUCGCGUUGUCGCCUCCGAUGUCCCCUCACAUGAUGUCGCUGGCUGUGUGCCGUCUCCAGCGGCGCGGCGCGGUGCCACUCCCGGUGCCGACCGCGGACACCACGGAAGCACCACCGGAGGCAGCCCCCGAGAUAAGUCUGUACAGCGACCAGCAGGUCAUACUGGACGAGUCAGGACCGCUACUGGAGUGGGUGCAAAAAACGAUUCAGUUGUUCGCUUACGAACUGAACACGUCCUACCCGCUACCUAAAUUCGACAUUGUGGUAGUUGACGGUGGUGGUUCGUACUCCGAGGGCUGGGGUCUCAUUACGCUGUCACCCUCGCUUCUCACUGACACCAAGGUCAUCGCUAGACUGCUGGCGCAACAGUGGUUCGGGGGCCUCGUGUCCCCUCGCUGGUGGAGUUCCCAGUGGUUGUUGGAGGCCCUAACUUCAGUGCUGGGUGAGAAGGCCCCCGCUUUAGGGGGACUCCCCGCCGAGAGGCAACAGGACGCGUUGUUGUUAGAUCAUGUGUUGCCAGCUCUGAGACUAGAUUCCAGUAACUCGGUGCGUGCUGUCGCCUCACCGAGACUUGAAAAAUCAGACAUAGAGUCUGCUACCGACGAGUUAUCGUUACAUAAGGGGGCGGCUAUAGUUAGUAUGGCGAUAGAGGCGGCCGGUGUGGACGUGGGUCGAGCCGCUCUAGCCAGAUUACUGAAAGAUCAUCGCACAGCCAGCGCUGAUGCCAAAGACCUUUGGAGGGCGCUGCAACACUCGUCUACCGCUCCGCCCCACGCGUGGGACGGUUGGUGUGAAAGGCCAGGAUAUCCGCUACUAUGUGCCACACAAGUGGACGCGGAUAUAGUGUUGCGACAGGAGAGGUUCAUAAUGUCAGCGCCGCCGCCUGAGCCACAACCGGUUAUGCUGAAUGACCUGCUAACACGCGACCUGAGGUCGGAACUUGAAGAGCUGUUCUAUGAACCUGAAAAUUACACGGAGAUAAUCGAGGAGGACAUAAAUAGCACAUCUACCACACCAGCGCCAACCACGACCACCACGGAGAAACCCACAACCAAACCCACGAAACUACCACCAGCACCCAAAUGGGUGAUACCAGUCACCUUCACCGUGGGACCCCUCAUAGAGGAGGAGGAGAUGGAGAAUAUAACGAAGCUAUGGAAGAACUCCACGGAGAACAUCCAGAAUGGCACCUGGUACGACAUCUUAAACGACACAAAGCGCUCGUCAAAAUGGUCCGAGAAUGUAACUUAUCUGCUAUGGAUGAAUGACACUGAGAUGGUGAUACCGGAUUUGGGUAAACACAAGUGGGUGAGGUACAACGUCGGUGCUCGCGGCCUCUACCGCGUCGCGCCACAAGACAGACAUCUGAACGAGACGGCUGAGGCGGCAGCUAGACGAGCGUCAGAUUUGUACUCCAGCGGAGCGCCGGCCGAGAGAGCGCUCUUAUUAGACGACGCGUUCGUGUUAAGCAGAGCGAGGCGGUUACCAGCUAGCGUAGCGAUCGCGGCCGCCGCCCACCUGUCCACGGAGCGCCAUUGGGCCGUGUGGCGUGUGGUGGUGUCCCACCUGUCGUGGUGGCGGGAACUGCUGAGGGUGUCUUCAUCAGCACCGCAUCUGCUAAGCCUCCUCAGCACCCUACCACCCACACUCCCACUUUACACCUCUCAGGAUAUAGCAGACGCCGCCGUCAGCGAAGAUCAGCUGUGGUUGAGUGGCGCCCUCCUGACGGCCGGCGUGGAGUGGGGCAACGAGAACGUGACGCAACAGGCUCUGACGCUGUUCGACGGCUGGACAAACGACAACGAGACCAUACCCGAGAUAUACCAGGAGGCAGCAUUCAUAGCUGGUGUCCGCGCGCACGGGGCCCCGGCCUGGUCGGCCUGCUGGCGAGCCCUGAUCGCCUCGGCCUCCGCCCCCCGGCCUCUGUACUCGCACAGGGCUCUGCUAGCGGCCCUCAGCGCCCCCGAUGACGACUGGCUUGUGUAUCGAUUCGCGUACACGGUGCUGUCAAGCGAGGCUCAGAAAGGUCGAGAUUGGGAUAUGUGGGUGACCGCACUUUAUGAGGGCCUUUGCAGAUGGCGCGGUCCGUCCGUGGUGUGGCGCGCGCUAGUCGCGGGCGCGCUGCCGCCGCGGGCGCUCGCCGCCGCCGCGCGCUGCAUGCAUCAACCCACGGACUAUUAUAGGUUCAAGGAACUAUUCGGCGAUCAGAAAGGCGCGGCGUCGGCCUUGGACAUCAUAGCCUUGAACACAGCGUGGGUCGCGAAGGCCGACGCUGAUUUGGUCGCGUAUUUCAACUCGAUAAAACAAAACGAAUGAUCGAUUGUUAAGAUACGGCCGCUGAAAUCGAUUUUGUACUCCCUGCUGCGAGGCCUCCUGGUGUUGCAGAUAGCUCUGAUAUUGCUGAGGAGUGAAUAUAACCACGCUUUGGGACAUUUCAUACUAUUGUACACCUGUUUCCUGAUAUUCGGCGACCACAUCUACUCGGACUGAUACAAUGAUUGUCUCUUAGAUGAACUUUGAGGAGAUCUGCGUAUAUUUGAGUGUAUUUUUUUGCGAUAUUUUUAAUGUUCUCAGCGUAUAAUUUCUGUAUACUCCUUGCAUAUCUAGUUUCGAGUAGAAAUUGUAUAAUCUGUUUGGAGAAAACGUCUGUAACCUGAAUUUGAAUUGGCACAGAUAAUUAAGUAGCAAAUUUGUGUUAUUGGCUUCAUUUGAAGGGGAAAUUUUAUUUAAAUAUAACGUAGAUGUCUA